AUGGAGGAUCCUUCACCCGACGCUCCUACCCUAUCAAUUACAGCAGAUCCUACACCAACACGCCUCCCCGCCGCGCCGCCGACCGCCCAGAUGGGGCCACACAACCGCUCCCCCGGGCGGGGAGGGCCCCGCUCCAAGCGCUCGAGGGCCGCCGCCGCCGCCGUCCUCCUAACCCCACCUCGUCCUCGCGCCCUUCCGCCGCCGCCGCAGGAGGGCAGACGGCGGGGUCCGGCGCUGCAUCCCACUGCGCAUCGGAGAAUGACGCCCGCAGUGAGGACCGGGCACAAUGGGCCCCCGAAGACCCCUGCAACGCCUGCGGUGUCCGGUACAAUCGGGCCGGCUCGUGCGGAGUACCGGCCGGCCGCAGAGGGCCCCUUCGUGCUGACUCAGCCUCGAACUCCCCAUCGGAAGGUGAUGGAACUCCCGGCGGCAGAAGGAGCAGAUUCACGUCCUUCGUCGUGAUCAGCUGAUCGGAUGAUGAUUAUGCUUGUGUUGUUGUUUUUCUUUUUUUCUUUUUUAUUUGUUUGGUUAAAAAUCGUAAAAAUUGAGGGAGCAGGGGAUGGACGUCUGUGUUAUUUGUGGGAAUAUUUUUUUAGGGUGCAGGUGGCCACGUGAUAUGCUGCUGCUGUUAGCUGGCGGGGGUUUGAAAAUUGAGGGGAUGGAGAGAAUCGAAAUAAAGGUUGUCCUUGGGACGAGAGUUUAUUUUUCUGGCGCCCGUGAAAGCGAUGGAGAGUUCAGAGUCAAUUUGGUGUUAAAUGUUUAGCUUUUUAUUUUUCAGCAAAAUUUUAAGAACAAAUAAAAUCCAUAAUAAGCUUAACUA